AUGCAGACGAGAUCUUCAUCCUCAGCCUCGGCUGAACUGGUCCCUCUCGGAGUCCAGUUUCCGGCAAGCCACCGUCACGAAGCUCAGCUGCAGAUCGUGGACCCCACUUCGUUUCGAGGCAAGCUUCCGCCGGGUUGGUCCGUCGUGAAUAAGUCUCGAUCAUCGUCUCCUACCAGCAACGGCAGUGUAUAUACGUAUUAUGUUGAGAGAAGAACAGGAAAGCGGUUCCGUUCCCUUGUUUCAGUUGAGAGAUACUUGAACGAAUCCGGGAACCAUACAGAUCAACAGCCGCUUAUGCUUUUACAGUAUCAUCGUGUCAACUCCAAAGAUUUCAAUUUACCUGCUGGAUGGAUCGUUGAGAAGAAACCGCGGAGAAAUUCCACUCAUAUAGACAGGACUUACAUUGAGCCAGGAACGGGGAAUAAAUUCCGUUCCAUGGCUGCUGUUGAGAGAUACUUACAAGCAACCGGGAACAGUACACUUGACUCUAUUUCCAUGGAGCGUUCUGAGCGGCUUUCUCUUACCGGAAUUCAGACCGAGGUUAUUGACCAAAACCCACCAGAGAAAGUGAAGUGGGUCCUUACCGGUCCAGACGGGAAUAUGUUUACUGCAAACAUGAGCGGAUCGGAUGUCUCCAGUUCGGUUAAACAGAAAUGGUCCGAGGCGUUUGUUUCACUGAUCCAAGACCGCUCUUAA